ACCAAUAACGUGGACGAAUUACUCAACCGUUGUGUAACCAUUGUGUUUUCUGAACGCAGCCAAUUUUCUCACCUGUAUGCUCAUCUGAAAUUUAAAAACCAUCUUAAGAAAAUGGCUACUACGUCAACUACAAUAAACAUAGAAAAUGAUUCUACCAAACAUGGGGACAACACAGAGAUAAAAAAACAACUUAAAGAGAGAGCUGAAAGGAAUCGUCAGAGAGCUAUGUUAUUAAAGAAAUCCAAGAUUAUAACACAUCCCUAUGCAAAUAGCGACUCAACAAGCAAAAGAUUGUUAAAAGUACAAGGACAGCGUGUUAUCGACAGUGGUGGAGGCUUUCUCAUAGAAGAAAAUGGUGAUCUGGAACAGCAAAUGUUAAAAAUAAGAAUAGAACCAGAACCUGUGCUUGGUAAAUUCAACGAUUGUGAAGAAUGUCAACAAAAAUUUGGUGAUUCAUAUCUUUUACAUACAUUUGAUCUUUCGGUCUGUGAUGAAUGCAGAGAUAAGGAAGGAAAACAUUCAUUAAUUACUAAAACAGAAGCUAAACAAGAUUAUUUAUUGAAAGAUUGUGAUCUUGAUAAACGGGAGCCUGCACUAAAAUACAUCAUACGGAAGAAUCCACACAACUCAAAUUGGGGCGAAAUGAAGUUAUAUUUGCAUUUGCAAAUUGAGCAAAGAGCUUUGGAGGUUUGGGGUUCAAAACAAAACUUGUUGAAUGAAAAAGUAAUGCGCGAUAUCAAGCGAGAGGGAGCAAAAAUUAAGAAAUUCAAUAAAAAGAUGAAAGAGUUGCGCAUGCAAGUUAGAAGUUCUUUGUAUGAUAAGACAACCAAGGCUGCGCAUGUUCAUGAAUUUGGAGAAGAUACAUACAACAAAGAAGACGAUACAUAUACACAUACCUGUACAACCUGUGGUUAUGAAGAAACUUAUGAAAAAAUGUAACAAUGCACAUUACAACAAAUAUUUGUAGCAGCAUGAAUUAUAUACAAUUGGUUCAAUUUUUUAUACUGAAAUAUACAACUUUGUUUCGAAAAUUUGUGAAAAAAUGCAAUAGUAUGGAUAUUAUGACAAUAUGAACGAUAUAUUUAAUUCUUUUGUACAAGUCAAAUAU